UCGAAAAUAAUUAAUAUUAAAAUGUAAAACUAUAUUUUAUGCCACGUGUCAUCUUUUGGGAGAAAUUUUUUCCGCUGAUGUGGACGUCCUAUGGAGCCUCAAAAGCUCCCUUUUAUUAGUAGAGAUUUGCAUAUAAAUAUAAGCAAUAAUGAGAAGAUGGAAAAUAUACUAAGCAUUUGACCAAAAGAAGGGAAAAGUAUACUAAGCAAUGGAAACCGUUAUUCACUCUCUUCUCAUAUUGUUAUCAUUUGUAGCCAUCUCUCAUACUCAGCCUCUUCUGGCCAGUUCUUUUCCGAUUUCUCCUAAUUUUGCGGCAGUUUUCAACUUCGGAGACUCUAACUCCGACACCGGAGAACUCACCUCUGGUCUUGGUUUCCGUCUCCCACCUCCCAAUGGACAAUCCUUCGUCUUUAAACCUCCAUCUACUGGAAGAUUCUGUGAUGGACGUCUCAUCGUCGAUUUUCUAAUGGAGGCAAUUGGUCGACCCUACUUGAGACCUUAUUUGGAUUCAGUUAGCACACAAAGCUACCUGAGAGGCUGCAAUUUUGCUGCUGGUGGAUCAACGAUUCAGAAGGCAAAUGCUGCAUCCUUUAGCCCUUUUGGAUUUGGCGUUCAAGUUGCUCAAUUCGUCACCUUCAAAUUCAAAGUUCUUCAAUUAAUACAACAAGGUAACUAAAAAUAUUCAUCAAUAUAUAUAAACUUGUCCGGUUCAUAUAGACAUAUGUUUAUUCGUACCAUAUAUUUUUUUUCAGAUAAAACUUUCGAAAACUUACCGUCGGAAGAUCAUUUCAAAAAUGGAUUGUACAUGUUUGAUAUCGGACAAAAUGAUAUAGCCGGUGCAAUUUACGGCAAGACAGUAGAUCAAGCUGCUGCUGUCAUUCCUACAAUCAUAAGUACAUUUAAAGAUGGAAUAAAUAGACUAUAUUGGGAAGGGGGUGCGAGAAACUUUUGGAUACACAACACAGGACCAAUUGGGUGUUUAGCUCAGAUGGUGUCAAUAUUUGGGAAAGAGAAAUCAAAAGUUGAUGAGUUUGGUUGUGUCAUUGGCCAUAACGAAGCUGCUAAGCUCUUCAAUUUACAGCUUCAGGGUCUCGUCAGAAAUUUUACUCAACAAUAUCGUGAUGCUAAUUUCACGUACGUCGAUAUGUUCUCGAUCAAAUCUGACCUCAUCCAGAAUCAUUCCAAAUAUGGUUUUGAUCAGUCCAUAAUGGUAUGUUGUGGAACCGGAGGACCGCCACUGAACUACAAUGAUCAGAUUAACUGCGGUUCAACAGGGACAUCAAACGGUACGACAGUAACAUCCAACUCAUGUAAUGAUAGUUCCAAAUAUGUUAACUGGGAUGGAAUUCACUAUACCGAAGCUGCAAACCGGUUUGUUUCACAGAAAAUUCUGUCCGGUACAUAUUCCCUGACGGUGUCGUCUUGA